GACAUACAAAUUAUUUCUUGAAACCUUUUGUGUUCCGAAUCAAGUAAAAAUAAAAUAUUGUGCGAGGAUGUCGUCCUCAAAAAUUCCCCCCAUUACCAUGAGCAAGCUGUACAUAGGCAACCUGCCAACAGAAGCGAGCGAAACCUCCAUAAGACAACUUUUUCUGGAGCAAAACCUUUCGUGCACCAACAUUUUGGUGAAACGAGGCGGUUACGCCUUUGUGGACUGCCCGGACCAAUCUUCAGCUGACAGAGCCAUUGACAAGUUAAAUGGGUUCAACUUUAAUGGGGCUUCGUUGGUGGUGGAGCCUUCAGUGGCCUCUGGGAAGAAAAGGGUCAAUUCGCCUUUUACAGAUACCCCACCUUUACAUUUUACCAACGCCUGGAUGAGGGCCACAUCUGGACGUUAGAUUUACAUAUAGUUUGUGUUAUUUUUUACUUAGGUUAAUAAAA